UAGUAGACUAUAGUACAUGUUCCCUGUCACUGCAACUCUCUCUCUCUCUCUCUUCUCUUCAGUUUCAAUGUGGUCGUCAUCUGAUGGUGAGCAACACUUCAUCACCAAGAACAACAACAACAACAACCAUCGCAGAAGAGUAUCUUCUUCUUCAUCGUCCAACUCCUCGACUAUGUCCUUACCUUCCGCUCCUCUCUUAACACCAAGAAGGAAAACCAUGGAAGAAGUCUGGAAGGACAUUAACCUAACCUCCCUCAACGACCACCCCUCUUCUAGAGAAGACCUGCUUCUCUCUCCAAACAACAUCAGAACCACUACCACCACCGCCACAAGCAGCUUCGGAGGCAGAAACUUUCAAGACUUCCUUGGUCGACCCUUCAGUAAAGACCCACCUUCAAACUUUGUCUCUGCUGAACCCAUCCGAGCCCGUGAAGCCAGUCCUUUUACUUCUCCUCCAUCAUUACCACUACCCACCACCGCUUUGAGUCUGAGGUCUGUGCCAGAGUUUCAUUUCCUUGAAAGCAUCGACCCUCUCAGACCUCCCCCACAAUUACAUAUCCCUGUCAAUGCACCUUCACCUUUCCUAAUGUCUUCCCUCACCUCUUCCUCCUCUCCCCUGGACGCUUUCGCUUCUCCCUCGAGUUUCUUUCCCUCAUGCCAGAAAAGGGUUUUGGACCCUGAUGAUGGUUCCGGCGAUCGACGCCAUAAGCGUAUGAUCAAGAACAGAGAGUCUGCCGCACGUUCCAGGGCCAGAAAACAGGCGUAUACGAACGAGUUGGAGAUAGAAAUUGAUCACUUGAGGAAAGAGAACGCUAGGCUGAGACAAGAGCGGGAACAGCAAAGACAAAAUCAACAGGUGCAGUCACCCCUCUUUGGAAGAACUGCUCAACUACCCAAAAAGCACACCAUCUAUAGAACGUCAACAGCUCCGUUUUGAGAAGCAUUUGUGCCAGCCCCUUCUUACUAGGCUUCUCCUUUUGUGUCUUUUUUUUUUCCUUUUACUCUCUAUAAAAUUACCUUGUGGGGCAAGGUCGC